GAACCUUCAAGCCGCGGCGCGGGGGCCCGGCCUGCGCGUGUCGGCCUUAUGGCUUCAGCGGGGAAACUCGGCUCUUUCCGCCUUCCCCCGUUGCCCACCAUUCGGGAGAUCAUUAAGUUGUUCGGACUGCGAGCGGUGAAGCAGCUCUCCCAGAAUUUCCUCCUGGACUUGAGGCUGACAGACAAAAUCGUAAGGAAAGCUGGCAGUCUAGAAGAUGUUUAUGUUUAUGAAGUGGGCCCCGGGCCUGGGGGAAUCACAAGAUCCAUUCUCAAUGCCAAUGUUGCUGAACUUCUGGUGGUUGAAAAGGACACUCGAUUUAUUCCAGGAUUACAGAUGCUUUCUGAUGCAGCACCGGGGAAACUGAGGAUUGUCCAUGGAGAUGUGCUGACAUACAAGGUAGAAAAGGCUUUUCCAGACCACAUUAGGAGACAGUGGGACGAAGAUCCUCCAAAUGUACACAUCAUUGGAAAUCUGCCUUUCAGUGUCUCAACUCCCCUGAUUAUCAAGUGGCUUGAAAAUGUCUCUCUUAGAGAUGGACCCUUCAUCUACGGCAGAACCCAGAUGACGUUAACAUUUCAAAAGGAGGUAGCAGAGAGACUUGUAGCCACUACAGGAAGCAAACAGCGCAGCCGCCUUUCCAUUAUGGCCCAGUACCUCUGCAAGGUUGAGCACCUCUUUACCAUUCCAGGGAAAGCUUUUGUUCCCAAACCAGAGGUUGACGUAGGAGUGGUACACUUUACACCGUUGAUACAGCCCAAGAUCAAGCAACCAUUCAAGCUGGUAGAAAAAGUUGUUCAGAACGCAUUUCAGUUCCGGAGGAAGUACUGCCACCGAGGGCUUGGAAUGCUCUUCCCUGAAGCUCAGCGCCUGGAAAGCACUGGAAGGCUGCUACAGCGGGCGGACAUUGACCCCACCCUCCGGCCCAUCCACCUCUCGCUCAUGCACUUUAAGAGCCUGUGUGACGUGUACAGGAAAAUGUGUGAGGAAGACCCGCAGCUCUUUGCUUAUAAUUUCAGAGAUGAGCUCAAGCAAAAGAAAAGAAAAGGCCAAGGGAAAGAUGAGGACCCAGAAAGCUGGGAGUCCUAACGGCUUCUCUGAGGGCUCCACAUCCACAGUGUGGGUCCUCUGCAUCUGUAAAGACAAACACCAGUGAGUAACCAGAUGACUUACUUACAUGCCAUUACUUAAGAAAAUAAAUAGCAAGUAGAUACA